AUGACACAUCGCGAAGAUGAAAUUCUCGCCGAGCACAGCACCGGGUAUGCAUUAAUGAUACUACGAAUUUUACUUUCAGGUCAAAUCAAGAGGGACAUGCUCGCACGCAAAUUGCUGAAGCCAUAUCGCUGCUCGCAAUGUAACAGACGAUACGCCACUAACGGCUCCCUCAGCCGUCACAUACGGGACCAGUGUCAGAAAAAACCGCAGUUCAAAUGUCAGAUCAAGAGGGGCAUGCUCGCACGCAAAUUGCUGAAGCCAUAUCGCUGCUCGCAGUGCAACAGAUGCUACGCCACUAAGACCACCUACAACCGUCACAUACGGAACGAGUGCCAGAAGGAACCGCAGUUUAAAUGCUGGUACUGCCACUACGCAUCCCAUCAGUACUGCAACUUGCAGCGACACAUACUAAAACGUCACUAA